AUGGACUCUGACAGCGACGGUGUGGGGGAUCUGGUUGGUAUUACCUCUCGGCUGGAGCAUUUCAACGACAUCGGGGUAGGUACAGUCUGGUUGAAUCCCGUGUACAAGUCGCCUAUGGCCGACUUCGGCUACGAUGUGGCUGACUUCAAGGAUAUCGAUCCCAUAUUCGGAACUAUGGCUGACUUUGACGAGCUGAUCACUAAGGCGCACCGGCUCGGGCUUAAAGUCAUGGUGGAUUUUAUCCCCAACCACUCCAGCGACCAGCAUCCGUGGUUUGUUGAAAGCAGAAAAAAUAAAUAUGAAUCCAAUCCCUAUAAAGAUUACUACGUGUGGGUUAACCCCAGACAGAAUUGCUCUGAUCCGCCUGAACAGUGCAUUCCAAAUAACUGGGUAGGGCUACUGGGUGGCACAGUAUGGGAGUGGGUGCCAGAGAGGCAACAGUUCUAUCUGCAUCAGUUCCUUACAAGUCAACCGGAUCUGAAUUACCGUAACCCUGCCGUGCAUUUAGAGAUAAUAGACGUACUGAGAUUCUGGCUGAAGAAAGGGGUGGACGGUUUUCGUGUCGACGCAAUCAGACACAUUUACGAAAGCCAAGACUUGGAAGAUGAACCAGUAAAUCCCGACUAUACGCCAGUACCAGGCGAGCGACCCCAAUACCACAGCCUCAUUCACAACAAGACAGCUGAUCUCCCACGGGUACACGACCUGUUGUACGUGUGGCGGAGUGUCCUAGAUGAGUACAGUGUGGAACCCAACUACCGGUUCAUGGUGACUGAGACUUACGACACCCACAAGGCCCUUCUCCCAUAUUAUGGAACCCUGGAUCGUCCAGAGGCAGACUUCCCCUUUAAUUAUGUCUUGACUAAAUUGAAGAAGGAAAACCUGUCUGGGACUAAAAUCCACGAGCUGGUCAAUGAUUGGAUGAAGGACCUGCCUCCAAAUAAGUGGCCAAACUGGCUCAUUGGCAACCAUGACAAUUUCCGCAUCCCCGAUCGUAUAGGGGUUAAAUACGCUCGAUCCUUGAACGUACUAAACCUUCUUCUCCCGGGUACCCCGAAAAUCUACUACGGUGAGGAGAUAGCAAUGGGAGACGUCUGGGUGUCGUACGACGAAAGUCGAGACCCGUUUGCCAGGAACAACCCCAAUCACUGGAAAGAGUACACACGCGACCCAGAGCGUUCUCCGAUGCAGUGGGACAGGACAUCCCACGCUGGUUUCAGCACCACAAUAGGCAAAACGUGGCUUCCCGUCAACCAGAAUUAUCUUAAAGGAGUCAACGUUGCUGACCAAAGGGUAGAUAACACCUCCGUGUUGGCGCUCUUCAAAAAAAUGGCAGCCCUUCGGAAAGACGAGCCUGCUUUCCAGACCAAUCACCUCAAGUACGUAAUUGUGACAGAAACGAUCUUCUCCUUCCUUCGCAUGCCUGAUACCUUGGGAUUCGAUUCCUUCCUAGUCAUCAUCAACGCUGGUACCUCUGAUUCUACUGAUGACUACUCUGCUGCUUUGAUGGAAGGUCACCAACUGAAGAUCGAAAGUAACACUGGUAUCAUCGCCGUCAGUAGUAACAUGGAUCGAGACGGGGAGUCUCAAGACAUGAGCAAGGUCUUCGUGGUAAUAGGCGAGGCACUUGUCAUCAAGUUGUCUAUUAGUUUCUGA